UAUCUACUGUGCGACAUAAGCGGGAUGUAACAAACCUUUUCCGAUUUCGGGGCUUUCAUUCAUCUGUAACCGGAAUAUUUACUACGGAUUCACCACAUUGGCUACCUUCGAAUUGAAAAAUUACGGAUGAAAAUUUGAUCUAUCUGGGUCACGAUGCGUGACUUCAGCAGCGCUGGCAUCGACUAUUAUGGCGUAUUGGAGAUAGAAAAGCAUGCCUCCGACAGGGAAAUCAAAGAAUCUUACCGGCGGCUAGCUUUGAAAUACCACCCAGUGCGCAAUCGGGAUCACUUCGAAAAGGAACCUCAGCGAUUUCAGCAGCUAUGUGAGGCCUACGACGUCUUGAGCUCGUCCCUGUACCGAACGAUAUACGACCAGUACGGUGAGGCUGGCUUGAAGCGGGGCGUGCCGCGCCCGGAAGGAGGAUUCUACGACCCAUACGUCUACUGCGGCGAACCGGAGGAGACGUUCCGCGAAUUCUUCGGCACCAACAGCCCCUAUGCAGACAUAAUCGACAACAUCAAAAAGCCGCUUUCGCACUACCAGGGUGACGACGGCACGUGCCAGCGCAAAAAGGCGCCGGACCUGGUGACGCCACUGGUGCUAAGCCUGCAGGAGCUCUACACCGGUUGCCUGAAGAAGGUGCGCGUCAGCCGACGCGUGCUGGACGACAGUGGCACCAAUACCACCCUCUGCGAGAAGAUUCUCACACUGCACAUUGAGCCUGGUUGGCCUGCCGGCAAAACGAUCACCUUCCGCGAGGAGGGCGAUCAGGGUCCCAACAUCAUCCCCGGCGACCUCGUGUUCGUGCUGGAGGACGCCGCCCACGCGCAGUUCGAACGCGACGGCCACGAUCUGGUGUACCUGAUGCGCGUGCCGCUGGUACACGCGCUUACCGGCUGCAGCGUGGACGUCGAGACCCUGGACGGACGGCUGUUACACGUUAGCGUUCACGACGUGGUCUUCCCUGGCUUUAAAAAGGUGGUGCGCGGGGAGGGUAUGCCGGUACCGGGGCCGCCGCCGCUGCCGACCGGCGGCCGUCCGCCUCCCCCGGGUCGCCGUCACCCGCACGGCGACCUGAUCAUCAAGUUUGAGGUCGACUUUCCCCGACGGCUGACGCAGAUGCAGCGACACGCACUACGCGCCAUCCUCCUGGCUGGGCCUAAAUAACUGGACGAGCUGAGGACCGGGCGGGUUCCCUGUCGUUAUGGAUAUCGUGUACACCGGUUUGAUGUGUCGGAGUCUAAGUUGCAGUCGAAACAUGAGACGCAUUCUCCAUGGUCCAGAGAGUUUGUUACGACGAUUUACGGCGUGUAGAGCUACGUCAUGCGACGUGGUUAGUGCAGUGCCAGUC